GCUCCGUGGCUCGACUGAGUAGUGGUGGAAACAGAAGAGAAUAGACGGAGCAGACCAACCUCCUGACCAAGUGUUGCGCCAUGCGUAAAGACGGAGAGAAGUCGCCGUCAACGGCGUCAACAGUCAGUCGUGCUCUGCAUCAGUAAUGACGUUUGGGAACGUCUACCACAUGCGAUAGCGGUGUUGGGGACAGAGCGGAGUUGGCUCUUGUACCGCACACAAGCUACGUGCUACAUGUAUGCGCAUGUAUGCAGCACGUGACAUGUAUGAGAUACGGGAGCCAUUCCCACUCUAUCCCCAAUACAGCUGUUGCGAUGUAGCAGACAUUUCCAAACAGUAUCACUGCUCCGCACUUGGAGCGAUGCGGUACGUCUGAAACGCUCGAGAGAGAAUCGCAGUUCGUAUCUGCUACGGUCACUUGUUAUCGAGUCGUGGGAGUUGCAUACCAAGCAGCAUGUCAUCUGACACUGCUACUCUAGCGAGACAGGAGGCGUUCAAGGACUUCUCUUAUUUCGACGAGAAAACCGUGCCAGUGAAUAUCCAUAAACCGAUUCCGUUGCAACCACUAAAAGUAACAUCCGCCAUUAUUUUCACCGGAUACAUUUCUGCAAAUGCAUCAAGAUUUUCGGUGAAUUUAAUAUGCAAGACGGCUGGAAACAUUGCUCUGCAUUUCAAUCCACGACUAGACAGAGGGUAUAUUGUUAGAAACACGAGAGUGCGCGGAUCCUGGGACGACGAGGAGACUUGUUCGCCCGCAAACCCAAGUGGUUGUAUUUUCCGUCGAAACACCUAUGUACAUCUUAUGAUCUUUUGUACAAAUAAUGCAUUUCAGAUCGCGGUGAAUGGGGAGCACUUUUGUGACUUCUAUUACCGAUUGCCCCUCGAAGAUAUAACAGCUCUUGAAGUUAACGGGACCAUUGAAGAUAUUAGGAUUCGUCAACUUAAUCUGUCAGUAUAUCCGGAUCCCAAUAUCUGCCGGCCAUCGCGGACAUUGGUCUUGACAACCGAAGAACCACUUGUGGAUUUUUUAGACGUUCCAGUCACUGUAGAUAUUGGUAGUGAAUUUCGCAAUGGGGCUCGUUUAUUCAUUGCCGGAAGGUUGAAGCUACUGCCACACUCAUUUUAUGUAAAUCUACAGAAGGGUAAAGCUAUUUAUCCUCAUCCCGUUAUACCACUACAUUUAAAUCCACGUUUUCUAUAUGGCAGUAGCGCACCAUACGUCGUCAUGAAUUGUUGGAACAAUGGCACGUGGGGACAUGAGGAACGACAUGAAGGCCACUUAUCCUGGAUGCCCGGUCGAGACUUUUUGCUUACUAUUCGCUGCGAAUACGCGGGAUAUACGAUAUGGCUGGAUAACAAGAUGAUCGGCGAAUUUAAACAUAGAUUGCAAUCAUUAAUGGCGGACACUCUACGAAUCUCUGGUGAUAUUGUGCUUUAUCAACUUAGUAUGAGUUACGCUUAAGAAACUGAUCAAUUACAAAUAAUAUGAUAAUUAAGGAGAGCAAAUGUUUGAAUAUAGAAGUUGCUGAGAUUUUACGUUAAGUUGCUUGACAAAUAUGUACGUACAACGUUAAUGUAUGUGAUAACAUUCUCAACACAAUGCUAAACUCUAAUUCUAAGAGAUUUACCCUUUCAUUUUCAUGAAAAUGAGUCACGUGAGUGUUCCUGAAUAAAUAUUUCUAAAUUCCUGGCACAAGUAAAAAUUAAUCAAGAUUACAUUAAAAUUACGAUAGUCAUUAUUUGAAAGAAAUUACACAUAGAUACUUGAUCCCUUAGCUGGUACUGUGGGGUAUUAAACGCCCCAGCCUAGUUCAGCACCAAUUUAAGUCCCCUUAUAGUACACAAAUGGUACUUGUGGUGCCAUUUCUUGUUAGAAAGAACCCUCUUCCUUCUGGAGUACAGAGCGUAAUCCUAAAAGUGUUACUGUAGCUGUGACAGUUGAGUGAAACGGACCGGGGUCAUCAGGGACCCCAGUGUGCCAGCUAUAACUAUUCGAAGAUUUUUUUCUGAACUUUUUUCAUUGAUUUUCGUCAUCAGUGUGUAAAAAUGGUAAGAUCAUCAUGUUGACGAUUUGCGAUAAUCAUCGUCUUUUCUUUUUUAACGAUUGCGCUGACUCGUAGAUCAAUAAAAUCAUUUUACAUA